UUAUUGAGAAACGAAGAUGACCAAACAAGCCCUAUCUCCCCCACAAAACAGUCUCUCUCUCUCUUCACGUAUCUCUCGGAGCCUCAACAGAGACCACCAUCUUCAAAGAGAGAAGAUGGGGAGUACUACGUUAUUAGAUGUAUCGAGAGCAGAGCUUGGUCUAGUGGUUAUGUAUCUGAACAAAGCAGAGGCAAGGGAUAAGCUAUGCAGAGCUAUACAGUAUGGUUCCAAGUUCUUGAGCGGUGGGCAACCUGGUACUGCUCAAAACGUUGAUAAAUCCACUAGCUUAGCUAGAAAAGUCUUUCGUCUUUUCAAGUUUGUUAAUGAUCUGCAUGGUCUUAUCAGUCCUGUCCCUAAAGGAACUCCACUUCCUCUCGUUUUACUUGGAAAGUCCAAGAACGCACUUUUGUCUACAUUCUUGUUCUUGGAUCAAAUUGUCUGGCUUGGCAGAUCAGGAAUCUAUAAGAACAAAGAGCGAGCUGAGUUACUUGGACGUAUAUCACUUUUCUGCUGGAUGGGAUCAUCUGUCUGUACUACUUUAGUUGAGAUUGGUGAGAUUGGAAGGCUGUCUUCAUCGAUGAAGAAGAUCGAAAAGGGGCUUAAGAAUGGCAACAAGUAUCAAGAUGAGGAGUAUCGUGCUAAGAUUAAACAAUCGAACGAGAGGAGUCUUGCUUUGAUCAAAGCAGCAAUGGACAUUAUUGUAGCUGCUGGUCUUCUUCAGUUAUAUCCAAAGAAGAUCACUUCUCGUGUCACCGGAGCUUUUGGGUUCAUCACCUCCCUCAUUUCUUGCUACCAGUUGCUUCCGUCACGACCCAAGAUCAAGGCGCCUUGAAAAGCUUGUGGAAGAAAGCUGGCCUUCUGGAGAAAGGCAUUUCAGAAUGUUUCUGUUGGUUCUUUUGAGUAAUGUGCUGCUGUUAUAAGCCCUUGUAUAAAAAUAUACUUAUCUGCAGGCAAAAAUCAAACUUAGUUGUGCACGUUUCCAUGUAUCUCAAAUCAUCAUUGGUCUGAUUCUAAAAUUUAAUUCGUUGACAUGGCUUUCAGUCAA